AUGUCCUACAGGAGAAAGAGAAAAACUAUCUUGAUUCUUCACUUUGGACUGAGUUUAACCUUCAAACUACCUCUUGCAGUAACGAUAGCUGACAUGGCUGCUGAGAACUCAGGCUCCACACAUAUCUCUAUUAUUUCCUACAAGUGGACCAUUACCAAAUUCUCCUUUUGCAUGGAGGGAAUGACGGAACCCAUUACAAGUGCGACUUUCUCUUCAGGACCCUAUGACAAACACAAAUGGUGUUUAAGAGUGCACCCCAGUGGAAUCGAUGAAGAGAGCAAAGACUACCUGUCAGUUUACCUAGUGUUGCUCAACUGUUCAAUAAGCCCAGUUUGGGCAAAGUUUCAGUUUUGGAUCAUCAACAACCAAGGAGAAAAAUGCCAUGAACUGUCGAGCCAAAGCCUUUUCAGGUUCCUGCCUGACAGCAAGUGGGGAUUCAAACAGUUCAUCCAGAAAGAUUUCCUCUUAUUACAAGCAGAAUUUCUUCUUCCUGGGGACAGUCUCACCCUUCUAUGUCAAGUGACCAUGGUUCAAGAGUCCUGCAAUGUUGGUAGACUAAACACAACCUCAGCAAUCAAGGUUCCAAAGUGCACAUUGAGAGAUGAGCUAGGUGAGCUGUGGGAGAAUUCCCUCUUCACAGACUGCUGCCUGGUAGUAGGUGAUCAGGAAUUCAGGGCUCACAAGGCCAUCUUAGCAGCUCGCUCUCCAGUUUUCAGAGCCAUGUUUGAACAUGAAAUGGAGGAGAAGCAAAAGAACCGAGUUGAGAUCCAUGGCAUGGAACCACAAGUCUUCAAGGAGAUGAUGACCUUCAUUUACACGGGGAAGGUGCCAAACCUCUACACCAUGGCUGCUGGAGUGCUGGCAGCUGCUGACAAGUAUGGCCUGGAGCGCUUGAAGGUCCUGUGUGAGGAUGCCCUCUGCAGGGACCUCUCAGUGGAGAAUGUGGCUCAUACUCUGUUCCUGGCUGACCUACACAGUGCAGAGCAGCUCAAAAUGCAGGCACUGGAUUUCAUCACAGAGCAUGCUUUUGAGGUCUUUGAGUCCUCAGAGUGGAAUGCGAUGGUGGUUUCCCAUCCACACUUGCUGGCUGAAGCAUUCCGCUCCCUGGCUUCUGCCUAGGAGCCUCCUAGCAAACAGCUGGUGAGAUGGUAGCACCUGGUUAGUCGUGACCUACACCUGUCCUCCAGAAGCAGCAGCCAGUGUUGUUACCAGUGACUCCUGCAUUGACUAAGGGUUGCUGCUGCAUUUACAGUGAAUCUGGGGAAGGACAGCAUGGUGGCUCAAGAUUUCACACAGCUGGGAACACGUUGGAAUGAUGCCUGGUUUGUGAGUACUGGAGAGAUAACUACGUUGGCAAAAUGAGAUUUGCUCUUGCAGGGGACACCUGGACAGUUGUCGGCAUCCAUGGGAGAGUUUUCAUCCAUCAGUAACUGGACGUUCAGCAGACCUGAGGCAGUUUGUCGUCUCCAAGGUCACAUAUUCCUCUGUAAACACAACGUGACAAACAAAAUGAAUAAAAAUGAUGAAAUUCG